AUGGCGAAUGGUCAUGGGUGGCGCAAUGGCUACAGGGGUUGGUUACAGACGAACAGAGACAUCUCCAAGGACACCAUCGCAAAGGCAGUAUGCUCUCAGCGUCCAAUCCAAGAGCCAGAGCUGACUUUGGAGAAAUUUCGAAAAUCGUAUCAGAAGUACAAAUGGCCCUUUUUUCCAUUCAAUGAGGCCACCACAGACCCAAUCCUGGAAGGCAUUUCCUCCUCGCAUUUGGCCUCCUCCGUGAUUCAGGAGGACACUAAGGAUGAUGAUUCAUCAGAUUCGAGUAGCAGUUCAUCCUCAACAGCUUCCAGCUCAGCUGCAGAAGAGCUCGACUUUGGGGAUGCAGAAGAGUUGAUCGUAGCGAGGCUGUGCCUUCAACGCGUGAUUCUCCAGGGAGUGCGGCUGCAUCUCCAUCGGGCAUUCAGCCUGACGGAUCGUGGGCAGAAUCUUUUGUUAGAUGCUGACUCUGGCCUCCGACCGCCCAACGUAUUGGAAGCGCAAGCAGCUGACAAGGCAUUGUGGCAGAUGAUUCAUGACCUGGUCCUGGAUCAACAAUUCACCCUGGACAAUGCCAUUCACGAGGAUCUGCAAAAGGACGUGGCAAAUCAAAAAGCAAAGGCAAACAAGGAGGCAAAAAGGGCGAAACACCUUCUCGCCCAACCUGGGUCACAGAAGCAACAGUGCAAGGCAAACGGCAACAGCUAUGUAUGCAGUUCCAAUCGGGCAAGUGUCAAAAAGGAGAUACCUGCCGUUUCAGCCAUUUGUGCGCCCAUCCAUUGGCGUCGGGACAAGCAUGCGGCCAACCUCAUAGUGCGUUUGACCAUCAGCAGCAACCACACUGACUCUUACAGGACGAUCAGUUGCGGGUCCCUGCGUUUUCUGAGACCCCAAUAG